AUGGAAUCACAUUCAAUCAUGGAGGCACAGUUACCUUUCUGGCUUCUUUUACGGCUCCAGAAAAUCAUAACCAAUGCAGCUAAGAUUCUGAUCCCUGCAGAAACAGAUGCCACCACUGGAACAACAAACUCAUUCCUUUUUCUUCACAGCCUUUCGCAUGAAAGUGAUGAACAUAGAUUUGGAUUUCCGCCAACACUUGAAUUGAUUGAUUAG